CAAAGGAAAAAAAAAGAACGGAGAAGAAACCGGCAACUUCUUUGCGUAAAACCCGAGACCAUCUUCUUCAACGCACCAACGUUCCUCCAUUAAUUUCACUCAAUUAAAGCUCCAACGGAAAGGCUCUAACGGGAAAAUCUCCUUCGGCUAUAAAUUAGAGCACCAUCUACUCAAAGGGAGGAGGGGAUUCCACAACAAGGUCACUGAGCAGCGGCUUGGCCGCUACAAUGGCGGCAGUGACGGAUGGCCGGCAGACGCGAACCGGCGGCGGCAGAAGCUCCGGCGAGUGGUGGGCAGUCUUCUUCAACCUCCAAUUUCUUCAAUUUCAUCUUCUUCUUCAUCAAUUUGGUAACCUAUACUCCUUUGUCAAUUUCUUUUUCUUCUCCAAUUUCUUAGUAAAAGUGUUGCCUCAAUCUAAGGGGGUGUAUUGAAUCAAGAGUUUGUGUGCUUUUUUCAGAUUUUAAAAGUUAAUAAGUAUUCAAUUGAGAUUUUUAAAAGUCAUUCAAAAUCUGAAGAUGUUGAAUUUAGAUUUUAAAAUGUCUGUUAAAAUCUUAUGCCUUAUGGUAUUUAAUAAUUUAUAGAUUUUGAAAGUUUCUUAUUAUUUGUGGAUUUUGAUGGAUUUUAGAGUUGUUUUUAUAAAGAAAAUUUAUUUCACAAAUCUGUAGCAACGUGCAAAUAUUUUGACUGAUUUGGAAUUGAAGCUGAAGCAAAUAAAGAAAAGGAGUCGGGAGAUCUGAAAGUCUGAACUCAAAAGUAGACAUAGGGAGACACGCCGGCAGGGAUGGAGACGCCGGCGUGGAUGGUGACGGGGAAGCCAGAAGGUAUAAAAAAGUUGCAUACAAUUCUCUUGGUUGCGUGGUAGGCCAUUGCAAUUU